AUGAAGUCUUAUAGCUCUCCGAGUGGCCAGCGCCAAGUUACUGGAGGUACCUUGCUACCUCGUCUUUCCGGGAUUGAAAUGCAGGACUUGGAUUUACAGUGUUCUCAAGACGGAGAUCAUCAUCAUCAGCAGCAGCAGCAGCAGCGACAGCGGCAGAGAAAGGAGGAGGAGGAUUUUGUGAGUGUUGGAUGCUCGGGACGAUUGAGAAGCAUCUUCACGAGAAAAGGGGUUUUCCAAGAGAAGCACAGUAGUGAUGGAUGGUGCUCGAGGCUGGUGAGGAGGCUCUUUGGAGGAGCUUCCACUUCCAGCACCUCUCCUUCGAAUUCUGGAGAGGAACAACGAUCCAGCUCGCAGUAUCGACGUCUUCCAUCCGAGCUCUUCGCGAAGGUUCGGGGCAACACUGUUUGGAAGGACAGGUUUGAAAGAUUGACAAGCUUCGCAAAGCACGAGCACGAUGAUGAUCGUGGAAAGGAAUCAAGUGGCGUGACACCACUUUGGGAAAGACGAAUGCUCGCUCCAAUUCCAAGUAGCGAUGAUGUCCACAGGUGUGGCCUUGUUUCUUCUUACACUGGCCUCACUCCAGGGAUCGCACAGCAUUCUCACGAAAAUGUGAGAGGAACUUCCAAAGAAUGGGCGAUGACGAGCGAGCGCCUCAAAUCCAGCCUCGUGGGCGACCUCGACGCGCAGGGAUUUGCCUCUCUCCUGCGAGAAUGCGCGCGAUCGCGGGACUUCGCCGAGGGAUCUCUCGUCCACCAGCGGAUAAUCGCCUCGUCCCGCCACCGCCACGAUCGAUUCCUCCAAAACCUCGUCGUGAGGAUGUAUGGCGAGUGUGGCCGAGUGGAUGAGGCGGCCAAGGUGUUCCAUUCCAUCGCCCGCAAGAAUCUCUUCUCGUGGAGCUCCAUGAUCGCGGCCUUUGCCCAGAAUGGGCAUUCCACCGCGGCUGUGGAGCUCUACUCGGACAUGAUCCAGCGAUCGGGGCUCCGCCCAGACAGCGUCGUCUUCGUCGCGCUGCUGGGCGCUCUUGAUUCGCUCCAAUCCAUCCGGGAGAUCCACGCGGAAAUCAUCUCGGCAGGGAUCCACGGCGAGACGAUCGUGGGCACCGCGAUCGUCAACGCCUAUGGCCGGCUGGGCAGCGUGGAAGAAUCCCUCUCGGCGUUUCACUCGAUCCUCGCCAAGGACGUGAUCGCAUGGAAUUCGAUCGUCGCGGUUCUCUCCCAGCAUGGCGAGCUCGAUCGAGCGCUAGAGCUCUAUCGCAAGAUGGAUGAGAGCGCGGUGCCGCCGGAUCGCAUCACGCUAGCGAGCCUGCUGGACGGAUGUGGGGGCGAUCGUCCGCGAGAGCUUGAGAUUGGGCGAUUCAUCGACAAAGAGAGCGUACGGAAGGCUCUCCGUGGUGACCCCGCAAUAGACAACGCACUAAUCCGGAUGUACGGGCGGUGCCGGAGAGUAGAAGAGGCAAGAGCGGUGUUUGCGACCAUGGGCUUGCGAAAUCUUGCGUCGUGGAACGCGAUCAUUGCGGCAAAUGCCCAGAAUGGGUGUUUUACGGAGGCGAUCGAAGCGCUGGAAUCUAUGAUCCAGUUGAAGAGCGUUACGCCAGACCGGAUGAGCUUCUCGGUGCUGCUAGAUUCGUGCUGUGGGAGCGAGCACCUUGCGCAUGGAGUGAAGAUUCAUGGAUUGAUCUUUCUGUGCGCGAUCGAUUCGGAUCUUUUCCUUGACAACGCCUUGAUCACGAUGUACGGAAGAUGUGGCAGCGUGGAGAGAGCGCAGAAGGUUUUCGCCGCGAUGGAAGAGAGAGAUCUUGUGUCAUGGACUGCGAUGAUAGCAGCAAAUGCCGCUAAUGGGCAUUUUCUGGCGAGUGUUCUUCUCUACCUCCGGAUGAUCCAAGAGGGUGUUCUUCCAGAUAGAAUCACUUAUGCCACGCUUCUAGCCGGAUGCUUGAAGCAGCGAGCUAUCGAUCCCGGGCGAAUGAUCCACGCCCACAUCGAGAGCUUCUAUGGCCGGAACAUGGAUCGAGACAACGUUCUUGGCAGCCACCUCGUCAAUCUCUAUCGCCGGUGUGGAUCUCUCGAGGAAGCCAAGUCGGUGUUUGAUCGCUUGGGCGAUCCAGACGCCUCGUGCUGGAGCGCGAUGAUCGCGAGCUACGCGCAAAGCGGCUAUGGAUCCCAGGCGCUGGAGCUCUUCCAGCGGAUGGAUCGCCGUGGUAUCGUGCCGGAUCGCCUGGCAUUCCUCUCGAUCUUGAGCGUUUGCUCGAGCAUCGAUCUUGGCAGGCGAUUCCACUCGCGGAUCGCGGGCAUGGAUCGCGAGAAUUCGAUCGCGACGGCGCUCAUCCAGAUGUAUGGGAGACUGGGAUUCGUGGAAGAAUCCAAAGGGGUCUUCGAUCGAUUGGAGAAAGAACAGGGCGAUGGAGACGAUCGCGACGUGGCGGUGUGGACAAGCCUGAUCCAGGCCUACGCUCGCAACAAUCGUCCCAGAGAAGCUCUCGAGAUCUUCGCUGCGAUGAUGGAUCACCGCUGCGAGCCCGACGCCGCGAGCUUCGCGAGCGCCAUGGAUGCGUGCUCGAGCCUCGGGGAUUUGACGCUCGCGAGGAAGAUCCACGCCCAGAUAAUCAGCCUCUCCUCGAAUCCCCGCGAGGAGAUCCAAAUCCUCGCGACCAACGCGGCGAUCGCCAUGUAUGGCAAGUGUAAGAGCUUGGAGGAGGCGAAGACCGCAUUUGACCGGGCGAUCCACGCGAAGAACACGGUCAACACCGCGACCUGGAACGCUAUGAUCGGCGCGUACGCCCAGAACGGGCAUCCGGGCGCCGGGCUGGAGCUCUACCAGCAGAUGAAAUCGCAGGGAAUCCAGCCGGAUCGAGCGACGCUGGUGAUCGCCCUGGACGCGGCCGCGAUGAUCGAGGAAUUCGAACUGGGGCGAGACGUUCUCAUCGAUGGAGCGCUAGAAUACGACGAGAGAGUAGCGACAGCAGUGAUUGGGAUGCUUGCGCGCAGUGGAAAGACGAUUAGAGCCAAGAGGGUCUUCGAUUCCAUCCCGAGAAGAGAUGGAAUUUGCUGGUCCGCGAUGGUCACAGCUUAUGCCCAGAACGGGCAUUCCAUCUUGGCGCUAGAGCUCUUCUCGGAGAUGGUGGUCGAGGGAUUCGUCGCAGACAAGGCCGCGAUCGUCUCCAUCCUCGCAGCCUGCAGCCAAAGCGGCGAUUUCCGCCGCGGGCGAUCCUACUUCGCGUCGAUGCAAGCCGAUUUCAGCGUGGAUCCAAUCGCGGAGCACUACGCCUGCGUCGUCGAUCUCUUCUCGCGGAUUGGGUGGAUCCGCGAGGCGCAAGAGCUCGCGAGAGAGAUGCCCUUCAAGGCCGAUCGAGCGGCGGCCAUGGCGCUCCUUGCCGGGGGCCGGACAGGGGGCGUACGGAGCUUCCGCGGCGAUGAUCUUGGGGCGUCGCUGGAUUGCGCUGCUCCGUACGUGCUUUUGUCCAACAUUUACAAACAAUCCGAGCUCUAA